AUGUCACUCCAUGCGGAACCGACCUCGAGUGCCGCUUCCAUGGUCACACCUUUCCUUCCUACUUUGAUCAGCCAACCUGGACCACCAAGAAUAUUGCCUACUGUGCUUCAGACAAGCCAAUAUCUUGCCUCUUUCUUUCCACAACGAGCCCGUGAUGUUCCAUGGCUAUAUCAUGAACCUAGGAAUGCUCGCUAUUCACCAGCUACUGCCCCAGUCGCUCGAGUAUUAUGCAGCAUCACGCCUACAGCUGGAGUCUACACUGCAAUGCACGCCGCUCGCACACCACCGCCUCUAGUCUUUCUUCAUCGGCCUUUCACUCUGGAUCGAAAACGCGUGCCUCGAGGCGCAAAUGUUUUAAGCUCUCAUGUCGGCUUUGAUGAAGUCCUAACGACUGGCUGGAAUGAGGCUUUAGCUCAACGACUUGACUUGUAUACAGGCGAGGAUGCUGUAUGUAUACAGGGCUAUAAAGGCGAUCCAGAUCGUCGCAUAGGCCUAGUUGCUGCAUUUCGUACGCCUGCGAAUCUAGGGGCAGUCUCUGAUCGCAUCAAGCGCGAAUUCGGCCAAUGGGAUGCUGUAUAUGGUGCCGAUAUUGAGAGCGAAACUGAUAUGGCACAGCCUGUCACAGUGGUUGCCAUUAUGAAUGCAUUCCACCCCGAGGAAGUACAAAGAGUUGCAGAAGCUGCAUUUUCCAAGGGCUGGAUUUCAGAUGUCAAUGAUGGAAACAGCAUAGUCUACCUCACUGGCCAAGCGAGAGAGCCUGGACUUCUCGCAGCACAGGAGAAGAAGAUGAAGGUUUUCUGCGUUGGGCAUCGCAGCUGCGAAGAGUGGGGUAUCAGGUUCAUUGCUUCUGAGCUCAGAAGGGAGUUUCCCUUGGUCGAUGUAUGCGAGGUGUAUGAGGACGAGGAACCACGAGAGCCGAGGAAACCAAAACCGGACCUCAAGAGGAAUGUGCCUUCCUCGUCAGCAAACUUGCCAGAGCAGAAGCGUAGACAGGAGAGCAAUAUUGUCACCAUAUAG